AUACUAAAGUGCAUAUAAACACCUCCCACUUUGUUUAAGACGAAGAAGAAGAAAAAGAAGCGAAGGGGAGCGAAGCGAAACGUAUCAUCCAUCUUCGGGGCAAGCAGCAGCUAUCUAACGAGAGACUAGAGAAGAAAUAAACAUCGGCCAUCAUGGGAGCCGUGCUGGGAUUGUGCUCCAUGGCGAGCUGGAUCCCAUGCCUGUGCGGCAGCGCCCCCUGCCUGCUGUGUCGAUGCUGCCCCAGCGGAAAUAACUCCACCGUGACUCGCCUCAUCUACGCCUUCUUCCUGCUGAUGGGAGUGGGGAUCGCCUGUAUUAUGUUGAUGCCAGGCAUGGAGGGGCAUCUUAAGAAGAUUCCAGGUUUCUGUGAAGGUGGGAUGGGCUCGUCUAUUCCUGGCGUGGAGGGUCACGUGAACUGCGACGUUCUGGUUGGCUACAAGGCCGUGUACCGCGUUUGCUUCGGCAUGGCCAUGUUCUUCCUGCUCUUCUCUCUGCUCAUGAUCAAAGUCAAGAGCAGCCAGGACCCCCGAGCUGCGCUGCACAACGGAUUUUGGUUCUUUAAGUUUGCUGCAGCUGCUGCCAUAACAAUUGGAUCAUUUUUCAUCACAGAAGGUCCCUUCACUACUGUGUGGUUCUACGUCGGCAUGGCUGGAGCCUUCUGCUUCAUCCUCAUCCAGCUGGUUCUACUCAUUGACUUUGCUCAUUCCUGGAAUGAGUCCUGGGUGGAGAAGAUGGAGGAGGGCAACUCUCGCUGCUGGUACGCAGCUCUGCUGUCGGUCACCACAAUCAACUACCUGUUGUCUCUGGUGUCUCUGGUCACGUUCUACGUCUACUACACCCACUCGGAUGGUUGCACUGAAAACAAGGUGUUCAUCAGCAUUAACAUGCUCCUGUGCCUCGCCGCCUCGGUCCUGUCCAUCCUGCCUCAGAUCCAGGAGUCCCAGCCCAGGUCUGGCCUGCUGCAGUCCUCCCUGGUUACCCUGUACACCAUGUACCUGACCUGGUCGGCCAUGACCAACGAGCCUGACAGGAAAUGUAACCCGAGCCUUCUGGGUAUUAUCGGGCUGAACAGCACCAGUCCUGCAGGCCAGGACCAUGUGGUUCAGUGGUGGGAUGCCCAGGGGAUUGUGGGAUUGAUCCUCUUCCUCAUGUGUGUCCUGUACUCCAGUAUUCGUAAUUCGUCCAACGCGCAGGUGAACAAGCUGACCCUGACCAGUGACGAGUCGGCUCUGAUCGAGGACGGGCCUCAGGGGGACAGCUUCGAGGAGGGCGGCGGCGUCAGCAGGGCUGUGGACAACGAGAAGGACGGCGUCACCUACUCGUACUCCUUCUUCCACUUCAUGCUGUUCCUGGCGUCGCUCUACAUCAUGAUGACGCUCACCAACUGGUACAGCCCCGACUCCAACUACGAAGCCAUGACCAGCAAGUGGCCGUCGGUGUGGGUGAAGAUCUCCUCCAGCUGGAUCUGCAUCGCCCUCUACGUGUGGACGCUGGUGGCCCCGCUGGUCCUGGUUAACCGGGACUUUGACUGAACCCCACCGUCACACUGCUCACCCGCCCCCCCCCCACCAUGCUCCACUUCACCUGUGUUUUUGUUUCAGCAGAAGUCAGUAGGACAGUAGGUCGCUAACCCUGCGUCAGUUCCAGCUGGACGGGGGCUGCGCUCACGCUGGCCGACCCAGGACUCUCUCCCUCCCUCCCUCUCUCUCUCCCUCCAGCGUCUUCGCCGCAAGGCCGAUGAAUUGAGAGUCCUGGUCCCAGCUCUGACCGCAGCCCAGGGCUCCGCUGGCGUCAUGUCUUUGUAAAACCCUGAGCAGCCUGUUGUCGUGGUCCCCCCCCCUGCCGUCGCCAUUGUAAAUAUAUAUCCUGUGUAUUCCUAGUGGAUGAUUUUAGGGCGCUUUCACACCCAUGGUUUGGUGGACGCGGUGUGAUUCGGGACUGAAGUUGCACCACGAUCUCGGGUCUUCUGUUUUUGUGUUUCUGAUAUUUUAGAAGAAGGCGAGGAAUGUGAGCAGCUGACAGACGGCGAGUUAAGGAGAGUGAGAGCGAGAUGAUGUCACACAGACAAGGCUUAUGGAUCUGAAAGUUACCAACCCCCUAAAUCAAAUACAAGUCCGUGAAUCGUGUGAAGGUUGAAAUAGCGGGCUAGGAAACGCUCCGUUUUAGUGCACUUGCUGGAUUUGGGUUGGAUCGCGGUUCUCGCCUAAAGCGACCCGAACUCUAGAGGACUCCGAAGCGAACCGAGACCCCCGUUUUUUUUUCUCGUUUUUUUUUUUUUUAAGGGCGCUCGUUAGUUUUUGUUUGAUCCGCACCAUUCGGGGGGGGGGGGGGGGGGGGGGGGGGCUUUUCACACCGGCCCAACCCAACCAGGCAGGUGUGAAGGCGCCCUUAGCUUACUCUAUAAAAACAGAGCUGCAUGCUUUUCCUUUUUCUUUUUUUAAAACCUGAUGUGACGUUAACAGUAGCUGUAUCUGAAGCUUUUAUUAGGCCGACGAUGGGAACUCUGACUGCAGUAUUACAUAUUGAAAUGCCGUUACAUAGAAAUGAACUGCUUAUUGUGCUGCUGCUGUUUUAUAAGCAGGACUCCGGCUGUGUCACCGAGACGACAGCGGCUCAUUGUAGUCCACUAAAGUGAACCAUCACCAGGCGUGUGUUUUUAUUCUAGUCACGUGUUAAAGCUCUACCAGCUGUGGGUCCUCUGCAGCUUGCACGCUCCUCAGCACAUACGCGACAAAGGCAUUCCUGUUUUUGUUGUUUCUUGAUUUGCGUCGAAUCGUUUUGACUUUAAAUGUAAAAUAUUGAAAUUGAUUGUUUGAAAGACUUCUAGAUAAGUUAUUUGCUAGUGUUUGGCAUGUACUGUAGUUCCUCACACAUACAUGAUUGUCUCACUUGUGCUUUUAUCCUAACAAUUGUUUUUUUUCUUGAUAUGUAAAAGUAUAUUGUAACUCGUUUAAUAAAACUGACCGAAAAGAA